CUGGGGCAGCCGGGGACUCAGGGUCGCCCGGGGUCGCCAUGGCAACGCGAGGCCGCCCCCAGUUCCCUCCUGCUUGAGCCCCUGUUCUGGGGUCUACUGACCCAGAGCUUUUGGUCCGACGGCUACCAGGGAGCCAGGACAGGGCCGGCCGGGGUGCAGCUCCCGGGUCGUGGGAACAGUCGGGGACGGGAGAUGACUUUUCUGGUUUGGGGGUGGCGGAGGGCAGACGCGUCUCAGGUUCUGGCCUGGGUCCCCGACGCCGAGGGUGGGAGAGGUGUAGCGAUGCCGCGCAGGACCUCGGGUGAGCCCUCCGCGAGGGUCCCGGGGGGCUCCCCGAGCCCUUUGGGCAGCCUUGCUGAGCGGAGGAAGGGAGGCAGGGAAAGGGCUCUAGGCUCGGGCAAGAUGCGGGGACUGCGGGGGCCCUUGGUACGGUCUGGAGGCCGUGACCCGGCAGGACGCAUCCGUGAGCCCGGGCGGGGUGCGGCCGAGCUGUAAACGCUCGUCUGCGAGGAAGCUGCUGUCACCUAGCAAGGACCUGCUUCGUAGCAGCUUCAGAGGCGCCCUUUGUCCGAUUGUCGCACCGUACGUUACGGAUUGUGAUGGGCUCUGUUAAGAAACAGAGAAUUGCCAUAGAUUAUGAAACAUCAAGUGGUUGCGACCCCGAAAAGAGAGGGCGUCAUACGCUAUCCAGAUUUGAAGAAAUGAAGUGUGGAGAUUUCCCACCUGCUAGCUUGGUCAUAGCAGGCAUGGCAGUUUGCAUUUGAGUUGCUUAGGAUUCAGUGUCAGGCCUAGCCGUUUGAGAUCAGAACUAGAAGACUACAUCAUUGGGAACCCUGGACUUGUGUUUAGUGAAGGAAAAACGGACACAUGGUUUACUUGGACUUGUAAAUUUGUCAGAGAUUAUGAAACGGUUUUCUCAGUGCUUCAUUUUUCUGCACUUCAUUUUGUCAUCUGUGUUUGUGAGAAUAUUCCUGCCUCACACAACAGUGAUGAGAGCAUGGGGAAACAUCUGAAUUUCUAAGUAAUCUGAUAAUAAAAUUUGUGGGAAAGAAAAAAAAAUUUUGUGACUUGAAAAUAUUAAUUAAAAUGAGUUUUUAAAAAGUGCAUCUAUUAACUUGGUAUUCAACUGAAUCAUCUCUGUGAAAGGACAGGGAAUUUUGAUGUGAAACAGGACCCUGCCUUUAUUUUCUCUGUGAAAAUAAAGGAGUCAUGCAGUAUAGAACUACAGUUGGCAAUGAAAAAAGAAAGAGGGAUAAAAUGAGUGAAAAUUGAAUGGCUUUUCCUGUAUCCUCUUAUAUGUCAGUAUGUUGUUAUUUACCUGUCAUGUUGGUUAUGGAUGAUACUGGAAUCUUAGAAUUUUAACUACCUUUUCUUUUAUUGCCAGUUUAUUCUGAACAUUUUUUUCCUUGGAAUUUGCCCUUGAACGGUUCCUGCUAUCCACCUUUUGCAUGAGACCCUUAAACAUGUUGUCUAUUACUCCAAACUUAUCUCUACAGAAAGUCAUUUAAAAAAAAAUUCAUUCUCCCUGAAGAGGUACCACAAAAGUAAAAUAAAUACCAGAGAUUAGCCAAUUUAUAGGAUCUUGACAAUAAUUCAUAAACUUUGGCUAGAGUGGGCACAGUAGUGUUCUGUGGUAUAUGUGUGAGAGACAAAAGGAAGUGAACUAGGGGUAUAGGUUAAUUAGGAAGACUAAUUUGUCGACCAAGAAAAAACAAACCACUGUUGGUUUUAUAGGGGAAGGAAAGUGUUUGUAUAUUUUUCAAUGUUAUGUCUUGCAAAUGAUGUUGGACUCCUUUCUUGUGCUUUCAGCUACAAAAGACCCCACAGCUGUAGAGAGAGCAAACUUGUUAAACAUGGCUAAACUCAGUAUCAAAGGACUCAUUGAAUCUGCUCUAAGCUUUGGCCGCACUUUGGAUUCUGACUACCCCCCCUUGCAGCAGUUCUUUGUUGUUAUGGAACAUUGUCUGAAACACGGUCUUAAAGUAAGAAAAUCAUUUUUGAGUUACAACAAAACUAUUUGGGGCCCUUUGGAACUGGUGGAGAAGCUAUACCCAGAAGCAGAGGAAAUAGGAGCUAGUGUCCGGGAUUUACCUGGUCUUAAGACACCCCUGGGUCGUGCAAGAGCAUGGCUUCGAUUAGCCCUCAUGCAAAAAAAAAUGGCUGAUUACCUUCGUUGCUUAAUUAUUCAGAGGGAACUCUUGAGUGAAUUCUAUGAGUAUCAUGCACUAAUGAUGGAAGAAGAAGGAGCAGUAAUUGUUGGGCUGCUGGUUGGUCUGAAUGUGAUAGAUGCUAAUCUGUGUGUCAAGGGAGAAGAUUUAGACUCACAAGUUGGAGUGAUUGAUUUUUCCAUGUAUUUAAAGAAUGAAGAAGAUGUUGGAAAUAAAGAAAGGAAUGUUCAAAUUGCUGCCAUAUUAGACCAGAAGAAUUAUGUUGAAGAGUUAAAUAGACAACUGAACAGCACAGUCAGCAGUCUCCAUUCAAGAGUUGACUCAUUAGAAAAGUCAAAUACUAAGCUGAUUGAAGAGUUAGCAAUAGCAAAGAAUAAUAUCAUUAAACUCCAAGAAGAAAAUCAUCAAUUACGAAAUGAAAAUAAAUUGAUUUUAAUGAAAACACAGCAGCACCUAGAGGUUACCAAAGUGGAUGUGGAUGCUGAGCUUCAAACAUAUAAGCAUUCUCGGCAGGAGCUAGAUGAAAUGUACAAUGAAGCCAGAAGGCAGCUUCGAGAUGAAUCUCAGUUACGACAGGAUGUGGAGAACGAGCUAGCAGUACAAGUUAGUAUGAAACAUGAAAUUGAACUUGCAAUGAAGUUGUUGGAGAAGGAUAUCCAUGAGAAACAAGAUACUCUGAUAGGCCUUCGACAACAGCUAGAGGAAGUUAAAGCAAUUAACAUAGAGAUGUAUCAAAAGUUGCAGGGUUCUGAAGAUGGUUUGAAAGAAAAAAAUGAAAUAAUUGCCCGAUUAGAAGAAAAAACAAAUAAAAUUACUGUAGCCAUGAGGCAGCUGGAACAAAGAUUGCAGCAAGCAGAGAAGGCGCAAAUGGAAGCUGAAGAUGAGGACAAGAAAUAUCUACAAGAAUGUCAGAGUAAAUCCGACAGUCUGCAGAAACAAAUCUCCCAAAAGGAGAAACAACUGGUGCAACUGGAAACUGAUUUGAAGAUUGAGAAGGAAUGGAGGCAGACUUUACAGGAAGAUCUUCAAAAGGAGAAAGAUGCCUUAUCUCAUCUUAGAAAUGAGACCCAACAAAUCGUUAGUCUUAAAAAAGAAUUCCUUAACCUCCAGGAUGAAAAUCAGCAGUUGAAAAAAAUAUAUCAUGAACAGGAGCAAGCUCUUCAAGAACUCGGCAACAAACUUAGCGAAUCAAAACUUAAAAUAGAAGAUAUAAAAGAAGCCAACAAAGCAUUGCAGGGACUGGUUUGGUUGAAAGACAAAGAAGCAACACAUUGCAAGCUUUGUGAAAAGGAAUUCUCCCUCUCUAAGAGAAAGCACCACUGUAGAAACUGUGGGGAAAUUUUCUGUAAUGCUUGUUCUGACAACGAACUGCCUUUGCCUUCUUCACCAAAGCCAGUACGGGUUUGUGAUUCCUGUCACGCAUUGCUGAUUCAGAGAUGCUCAUCUAAUUUGCCCUAAGACUCCAGAACUAAAUCCUUACUGUAUGCUGAAGUACUUACGAUGAAUGUUACAUAUGAACAUGUACACAACAUAUUCAGACAGCCCUUCUUAAGCAGCUUUCAGACAGUACUGGUAACAGUUUCUUCCACAUAUUCAAUUCAUGGGAAUUAGAAGUUGUGUAAUUUGGUAUUUCCUUUUCCAUUGGUAUUCAAAAAGAAUUUUCAAGAGGGCAUGCUUUAAAAUAACUUCAGCUUAAUUCCUAAUUCAUGUAAUAAUCAUGUAAUUCUUAAUGACAACGCAAGGCCAGAUAGCAUAGCUAACACAUUUGCCUUAUUUGGUAAUGGCCUUCUUAGGGCUUCGGAUGUAUGCUCCUAAUUGUUGUGUUGGUUGGUAUUUGUGGUGCCUGUAAUUUUCCUAAUGCACUUUAAAGCUUUAUGGUUCUCAGAGAAAGACUGAAAAUGCAUAGAACUUUUCACAAGCAUUAAUAUUUCACUUCAAGAUUUUCCAUUAGCUUGGCAAGAUUUCAAGCUAACUUUAUUUAUUUGCCCCCUUUCUCCCCCCCCUUCCUUUGCCCAUUUUGCAUUAGAAAAAGCCAGUAUUUUGUACAAUUCCCCUUUUGUCUUCCUCCUAAAAUCAAUGUACUUGCUGGUACCUUUCAGACACAAAGAGGCAUUAUUUUGCCUCACCUUUUCCCUUAUUUUGAAAGGAAAAACCAUCAUCCUUUUACCUUAUGUUGCUGCUACUUGUAGAUCUUUUCCAGCAACUUUUAAGCAUUACAUUGCAGUGGUCUACUACUGCAUGAGUAAAAAAUUCAGCAUAUACUGAGCCCUUCUAAGCCAGGGUCUUUGGAAGAUAUGGUAUCAGCCCUACAAUGAAAUAUACUUGAACCGUUUCAAGCAUGAAAGAUUGAAUAAACACUAAAUCUGUUGUAUUGCUUAUAGCAUACCAAGAAUUUAAUCUCUAGUUACCCUUAUAUAAUUAAUCACUUGAACAGCAUCAUCACUUGGGAGCCUAAUUUUUUUUUCCUAUUAGUUUAAUUUCUGCCAUGCACUUUAAGCCUGUGAAUCUUUCAAAGAAUGUCAUAUUAGGAAUCUUACAUUAAUUCUAGGAACAUUAGUUAAUUCUAGGGACAUUAGUGAUUUUAAUCAUGGCCAUUUCUCUACCCCUUAGGAUGUUACUUUAUUCUGCAAUAUCUUUUCCUCAGUGAAGUACAUACUUUCACUAAGUUUAAAAUUAUUUAAUUUCUAAAUUGCCAAAGUAUGAAAACUAGCAUUUUACUUGGAAGAUUUAUUUUCUCCAUAACCCAAUUUGAUGUCUUCAAAACAUAUUUUAGGUGGUCUUUCUUGAAUGCUAAUAGAAAUGUUAUCCAGAGAUAUGAAUUAUAUUCUUGAACUGUUUUGUAUUGAUGGGAUGGAUUAACAUUUUUAUGAUUGCUGAAAAUAAGCAAAAAUGAAAAAUUUCAAAUACUAGGCCUUUUUUAUUACUGUACUUAGAACAACUUUUAAAAUGGCAUUUUUCCCUUAAAUUCCAAGGCUGGUUUCAUUCAACAAAUAAACUAUGAUUUUUAGUCCCCCUUUAAAUUCUUUGCCAUUCAAAACUCAUGUAUCACCACUGAUUUGGGCUUUUUGUAGGCAGCAAUACAACUUGCUCCAUUUAGUUUUGGCUUUUUAAGAAACCACUUACACUAAUUUUGUCUUUUGUUACAAAACCUUUGAUUUGUAUUUUGUGAUUGUGAACCUACACUUUUACUUUUCAAGUAAGAUUUGCCCUCACAGAAGUAUUUAUCUUACUAAACUUCACAUAACCAUUCUCUCAUCUAGCCAGUACUACCAUAAUAAUGCUAUCAUGGUGCCAAGGAAUUGUGAUUGUCAUUCCACCCUGCAAUGUUUUAAAAUAAAAUGUGCGUUUUAUAAACCAAGUAAAAGAUUUCAAAAAUUA